UUGUAUUUUCCUUUCUUCAGUCCUGGAAUCAACCACUUCUCCAAGGAGCCCUGGUACUUUUUUAUUGGAGAAUUAUGUUAGGGACCAAGAUCUGGGUCAUAGGUGUGCCUAUUGUUACUGGAGUGUCAGUGCUUCUAGGCCCUCUUAGCAGACAGAACUAGGAAAUACGUAUAUAUUUACCCGCACAUACAUACAUACCUAUAUUUUUGUAUCUGUCUGUAUAUACAUUAAAAGCCAUGAGUUUAUAGAGGAUAUCUCCAAUUCCACUGUAACACAACCUGGUUCACUUUAGCCUUCCCUCUUUCCUUGUUAACUUCUUUCUCCAUCGGUGAGAAAUCUGGCUCUCAUUUUCUGCAGUCUAUUUACUAGUAUAAACAUAAAGUUGUUUAAGAAUUGCUAACUACUGUUACUGUCUCCACUUUUUAAAAUUUUAUUUUGAUUUUUAAACUAUUAUUUUGAAAUACUUUCAAACUUAUGGGAUAGUUACCAAAGUAAUACUCACCUCAUACAGAGAACUCCAACAGACUCCUAUCCACCCAGAUAAACAGAUCAACCAGUUUUAACAUUUUGCCACAUUUGCUGUAAAACUGUCCAUCACAUUAUCAAUUCAUCUGUCUGUCCAUCUUUCUGUUUGUCUUUGAGCCCAUUUUCUUAACACUUGAGUGUGGGUUCUAUACAUCAUGGUCCUUGAACACCUACUACUGCCAUGUAUAUUUCAUAAGAGUAAAGAUAUUCACUUAUGUCUCUACCUUAAGUGCAGUUAUCAAGUCCAAGAAAUUUAACAUUGAUACGAAAUUUACAGUCUAUAUUCCAUUUUUUUUUCAUAUGUUCCAGUAAUGUCCUUCAAGGCCUUUUCUACUCCUCCAUUAUUAGAUCCAAUCCAGGCCCAUCUAUGCAUUUAAUUGCUAUUGUCUCUUCCAUUGCUCUUUUAAAAAAUUUAUGGGGACAUACAUAUAACAUAAAUUUUCCCAUCUCUACCAUUCUCAAGCAAUACCAUGCAGUGGGAUAACUCAUGUUCACAGUGUUGCAGUAUGCUCACCAGCUUCCACUACUAAAACUUUCCCAUGUUCCCUAACAGAAACCCUAUGCCCAUUAUGCAUUAACUCCACAUUCCCUCUGCUCUCCUGCCUCCCUCCCCUGGCAACCUGUGCUUUAAUUUUUGUCUCUAUGAGCUUGCAUAGUCUCAGAUAUUUUCUUCCUACUACCAUGGAGAUUAGAUUUUUAACUUCUGAUACUAUGGUCUUCAGCUCUAUUUGGUUCAUUUUCAUAAUUUCUAGUUGUCUGUUGAUAUUCUCUUUGUGUUCAUCUAUUGUUUUUUUGAUUUCCUUUAGUUGUUUGUUUAUGCUUUCCUUUAGCUCUUUGAGCAUAUGUAGGACCAUUUUUUACAAGUCUUAGUCUGGUAUGUCCCAGAUCUGGUCCUCCUCAUUGAUGGUUUCUAAUGCUUCAGUCUUCUUUGCCUUGGCUAUCACUUCCUGUUUCUUUGUAUGUUUUGUAAUCUUUUGUUGAGACAUGGACAUUUUGAUAUUUAAGUGAUGUUUUGCUGCUGGAAUUUAGACUCUGAGUUGUCUGUUCCUUAAGCUUAUGUCCUGGUAGUGUUAUGAUAGAAUUUUCCUUGAUUGCCAAAACCUAUCAAAAAAAAAAAAAAAAAAAAAGGAAAACAGCCCCAUCUUUCUCAGUCUUUGCAGAUUAACAUUCAGGGUUUAUGCACACUGGGAGUAUAGAGAAUAUUUCUAGGGGCCUCCCUGAUUCUUUCUGUGCAUGCAUCUUGUCAUGGACAUGGAUGAGUGGCCCUAGAAUCCCCUUAUUUACACAGUUCCAAAUGUCUCCUCUUUCCUAGGAGAGUUUCGUGGCAGUCACAGGCACUGCAGUGUAUGUCCUACAGCUGGUAAUCUCUUAUUCCAAGCAGCAUGACUUAACUGAUCUCUCACACCAUUUUUGUUUUAGUUUUUUUAAUACUUUUUUUAUUGUGAAAUUAAGAAAUAUACAUAACAGUGAUAACUUUCAAAGUGUGAUUUAACAAGUAGUUAGACCUUCCUUGUGUGAGCCUUGUGUCCUCUGUUCACCCAGAACUGUUUCCGUGGCUGGAGAUUGUGGGGUGGGAGCAUCAGGAGCGGUUUAGAGAAGAAGGGAAGGAAAAGACUACAUGUUAGAUUAAGAAAAGAAAAUAGAAAAGAAAAGAAAAUAGAAACCAUGUUUCGAAGACCUGUAUUACAGGUACUUCAUCAAUUUGUAAGACGCGAGUCUGAAGUAGCUAGCAGUUUGGUUCUUGAAAGAUCUCUAAAUCGAGUGCAGUUACUUGGGCGAGUGGGUCAGGACCCUGUCAUGAGACAGGUGGAAGGAAAAAAUCCAGUCACGAUAUUUUCUCUAGCAACAAAUGAGAUGUGGCGGUCAGGGGAAAGUGAAGUGUACCAAAUGGGUGAUGUCAGUCAGAAGACAGCAUGGCACAGAAUAUCAGUGUUCUGGCCAGGCCUCAGAGAUGCAGCAUAUCAGUAUGUAAAAAAGGGGUCACAAAUUUAUGUGGAAGGAAAAAUAGACUAUGGUGAAUACACGGAUAAAAAUAAUGUGAGACGACAGGCAACAACAGUCAUAGCUGAUAACAUUAUAUUUCUGAGUGACCAGACAAAAGAGAAGGCAUAGAAUGGAUGAUUCUUCUUUGGCUGUUGAUUGGUCUCAUUUCCAAAUCAUGUAUAGUCUUUAUAGUUUCUAAGGAAAAGAAUUAAAACAUUCUUUUAUAUUAAAAACAAAACAAAACAAAACAAAACAAAACAAAAACACAAGUAGUUAGAGAGCAAAUCUCAAAGAAUGUUAUGGGUUACAUUUCUACCUUUUCAGUUAUUUCUUUCUAGCUAUUCUAAUACCCUAGCAUCUAAAAAAAAAAAAAAAAAAGACCACCAAAACCACAAUUUAUAUA